AUGCCUGCUAGACCCCCUGACUGUGUGAAGGACUGCUUUCCCGUUGGUCGCGCCCCGUCAGCUGGUGAACUCGCACCUGACCCGGCUGUCCCCGGAGAGUCCAUGCUCAGGUCAUAUUCCACUUGCUUAUAUGGUAGUUAUUACUACGUUUUCUUCUUUUUCGUGGCGGUACACAAGUUUUUUUGGUUCGCUCCAGAUGUCCUCACCGAGUCUGUUAUUGCGGCAGCCUGCUCCAGAGUCGGACAGAGCGUUCUGCAUUUAGACAGAAGGAACUACUAUGCUGGAAACUGGGCAAGCUUCACGUUCAAUGGCCUACUGUCAUGGAUUGAGGAAUAUAAGAAUCAGCAGGAGGUACAGAUCACAGAGUUGGAGCAAGUAUGGAGGAGCUUGAUUGAUGAGGGAGAGGAUGCGGUGCCUCUCAGCACCGUCGAUUCCUCUAUUUCCAACUUAGAAGUUUUCUGUUAUGCCAGUGAGGAAGAAGAGGAAACGAAGGCCCCGUUAACAAGCUUUCAGCCAGUGAAUGCUGAGACUGUAUCAGAAGAGACCAACGGUGACUCUACAGAGGCUCAGGACACGGUUACGGGUGAUGACGCCACAGCAUCCGAUGCUAAGACGCCGAACGAGGAGCACGAAGUCUCUGAGCCAAAGGAGGAGCAGCAUACAUCCGACAUUUCAGAACCCAGCCAAUCACAGGAAGAGAAAGAGUCGCAGCUGAUCAGCAGCCCAGCAGAUCCACCUGUAGAGGUGGAAAAGAAGAUAACAUAUCAAAAGUUGGUAAAAGAGGGACGCAGAUUCAACAUUGACCUUGUCUCCAAGUUGAUGUAUUCACGUGGUGCACUGGUGGAUCUGCUCAUCAAAUCUAAUGUGAGCCGUUACGCAGAGUUCAAGAACAUCGGCCACAUCCUCACCUAUAGAAAUGGAAAAGUGGAGCAGGUACCGUGUUCACGGGCGGAUGUGUUUGCCAGUAAGCAGCUGACUGUGAUUGAGAAACGCAUGCUGAUGAAGUUUCUUACCUUCUGUCUGGACUUUGAGCAGCACCCAGAGGAGUACCAGGACUGUACCGAGAAACCAUUUAGAGAGUUCCUGAAGAACAAGAAGCUCACUGAGAACCUGCAAGACUUCAUCCUGCACUCCAUCGCUAUGGUGACGCAGCAGACCCUUACGGAGGAAGGACUAAAGGCCACGCAGCACUUCCUACGAUGCUUGGGUCGCUACGGCAACACUCCCUUCCUGUUCCCUCUGUACGGCCUGGGAGAAAUCCCACAAUGCUUUUGCAGAAUGUGCGCCGUAUUUGGAGGAAUUUAUUGUCUGCGGCACUCAGUGCAGUGCCUGGUUGUGGACAAGGCGGCAAACAAAGUUAAAGCUGUGAUUGAUACACGUGGUCAGAGGAUCAGCUGCAGUCAUUUUGUGGUUGAAGAUUCGUACAUCAGAGAUGAACAAAGACAGAGCACAGCUUACAGGCAGAUAUCUCGAGCAGUGCUCAUCACAGACCGAUCUGUGCUACCUUCUGAAUCGGAUCAGCUGAUCUCACUGGUGACUAUUCCUCCUCUGGAAUCUUCUGCACCAGCUGUGAGGAUGGUUGAGCUCUGUUCCUCCUCUAUGACCUGCAUGCCUGGCACCUAUUUGGUCCACUUGACCUGUUCAUCAUCUGGUAGGGCGCAGGAAGAUCUUGCUCCAGUUGUAUCUCAGUUGUUUCACGUUUCCACCAUUCCUGGAGAGGAGCCUUCAGAAGGUGCAGAGGAGAGAAGCAAGCCUGCAGUGCUGUGGGUCAUGUACUUCAACAUGAGGGACACAUCAGCCCUGGACAGCAGCAACUACAGCCUGCCGAGCAACGUUCACGUGUGCACCGGUCCCGAUGGCAGCCUGUGCAGCGACUACUCCAUUAAACUGGCUGAAUCCGUGUUUCAUCAUAUCCUCCCUGAUGAAGAGUUCUGUCCGCCCGCGCCCAACCCAGAGGACAUUAUCUAUGACGGCGAUGGUCCGCAGGCCGAAGGGCCCGGCUUCGACGAGAGUACUAACACAGAAGAGGAUAAAAGCCAGGCAGAGGAAGAAGGUGCCGCCCAUGAGAAGAGUCCAUCGACUGAGAGCUCUGAACCUGCAGAGAUGGACAGUGUUACCCAGCAGGCACCAUCGGACACGACCCCACCCUCUGAAGAAUAACCCCUUUAGAGACGCUUGUUCAUUUCUCCACAAUCACUGAGCAUUUGGAAUCCAAUCUUCAAUCAUCCAGUUCUCAAUCCUGUUAUGUUCAUCAACCCUUUUUUUUAUACAUUUUACGUGCCUUUCUUUUGCAUUUUCAC